CCAUCCAACGUGAACUUGGCUGUACGAAAAUAGUCCCGAGUUUGACAUACGGUGGAAACAUGUAGUUUUUAUUUUGAAUAUCGUCUCGCGAAUUUUAUUUCAUGUAUUAUAAACCCGUGGCACUCUAGAUGACUGUAGAAAUGGAUCCAGGAGGCAGUACUACUAGGCUGGGUGACCAGCGUGACCCACACUGGUACAUAGACUCGGCGUACGCUUCCUCACUCAAAGUAUCCUUACGACUACCCACCAGACAGUUUUUAGAAGACUUCUACCAUCCGUGGUUUCGUCAGAGUGAUAUCAAGAGACUCGUUUUUGCUGAAGUAAAAAUGCCGUCAGGCCACGUGGACCAGCCUCAGAUCGAGGACAACAGAGAUGGUACCGUCAGCAUCAAGUACGAGCCAAGAGAGGAAGGUGUCCAUGAGCUGUACGUCAAGUAUAAUGGCGAGCAUGUUCAGGGCUCCCCCUACAAGUUCCACGUAGACUCCAUAUCCUCAGGGUAUGUGACAGCAUACGGGGCGGGCCUGCUCAACGGUGUGAGCGGAGAGCCCAGCCAGUUCACCAUCAGCACCAAGGGUGCUGGCUCUGGAGGACUCUCCAUGGCCGUUGAGGGACCCAGCAAAGCUGAGAUUACCUGCCACGACAACAAAGAUGGUACAGUGUCUGUGUCCUACCUGCCCACCGCUCCCGGAGAGUACAAGAUCUCCGUCAGGUUCGGUGACAAACAUAUCAAGGGAUCACCUUACACCGCCAAGGUGACUGGUGAAGGUCGCAAGAGGAACCAGAUCUCAGUAGGAAGCUGUAGCGAGGUCACCCUCCCCGGCAAGGUCAACGACAAUGACAUCCGCUCCCUGAACGCUUCCAUCCAGGCACCUUCCGGUCUUGAGGAGCCCUGCUUCCUCAAGCGCCUGCCCUCCGGCAACAUCGGCAUCAGCUUUACUCCUCGCGAGGCUGGCCAGCACAUCGUCUCCGUCAAGAAGAUGGGUGUCCACAUCCAGAACUCUCCAUUUAACAUCACCGUCUUGGCUCAGGAAGUUGGUGACGCUAAGAAAGUCAAGGUCUCUGGCACAGCCCUGAAGGAAGGCAAGACCCACAGCGAGAACACCUUCUCCGUAGACACCAGGAACGCUGGUUACGGUGGUCUUUCACUCUCCAUCGAAGGACCCAGCAAGGCUGAGAUCCAGUGCGCUGACAGCAAGGACGGAGUUCUGGCCAUCAGCUACAAGCCCACAGAGCCAGGAUACUACAUCGUCAACCUGAAGUUCGCUGACCACCACGUUGAAGGCUCGCCUUUCACUGUUAAGGUGACUGGAGAAGGCAGCAACAGACAGAGGGAGAAGAUCCAGAGACAGAGGGACCCCGCUCCUCUGACUGAAGUGGGAACCAACUGCAAGCUGACUUUCAAGAUGCCAGGCAUCACAUCCUUCGACCUGGCGGCCACCGUCACCAGCCCCGGCGGAGUCUCCGAAGACGCCGAGAUCCAGGAAGUGGAAGAUGGACUGUACUCCGUCCACUUCGUGCCCAAGGAGUUGGGAGUCCACACCGUGUCUGUCAAGUACAGGGAGAUCCACAUUCCUGGAUCACCAUUCCAGUUCACAGUAGGUCCUCUCAGGGACUCUGGAGCUCACUUAGUCAAGGCCGGUGGUCCCGGUCUCGAGAGGGGCGAGGCAGGUCGCUUCAACGAGUUCAACGUGUGGACUCGUGAGGCCGGGGCAGGCCAACUGGCGAUAUCGCUGGAGGGACCCAGCAAGGCCGAGAUUGACUUUAAGGAUAGGAAGGAUGGAUCCUGUGACGUCUCUUACAAAGUUGAAGAGCCUGGUGAAUACCGCAUCGGUCUGAAGUUCAACGAGCAGCACAUCCCGGACUCCCCCUUCAAGGUGUACAUUUCCCCAGCGGUGGGCGACGCUCACCUUCUCGAGGUUGCCCAGUUCCCAGACUCGGCGCAGGUUGACAAGCCCACACAGUUCUACAUCAGACUGAAUGGUGCUAAGGGCAGUUUGGAUGGCAGGGUUAUCUCGCCCUCAGGCAAAACCGACGACUGCUUCAUCCAGAACAUUGAUGGAGACCAGUACAGCAUCAGGUUCAUGCCGCGGGAGAACGGAGUCCACAACAUCAACGUCAAGUUCAACGGAGUGCAUAUCCCGGCUUCACCACUUAGGAUUAAGGUCGGAAAAGACGACGCUGACCCUGCUGCCGUUCACGCUCACGGUCCUGGACUGGGAGCCGUCAAGACUGGUGUGAAAACUGAUCUGAUCAUCGACACAUGCAAUGCUGGAGUGGGUCUGCUGGCCGUCACCAUGGACGGGCCUUCAAGAGUCGCUAUGGACUGCACAGACGUUGAUGAGGGUUACAAGGUGCGUUACACGCCUCUCGCCCCUGGCUUCUACUACAUGAGCAUCAAAUACAACGGAGCCCACAUCGUCGGAUCACCCUUCAAGAUUGAGGCUACUGGUGCGAACCUCGCCGAGGUUGGUGCUCAGGAGACAUCGUCAGUGACGGUGGAGACAGUCCAGAAGGUCGCCAAGUCCAUGCAGAAGCAGGGACCCGUGCUGCCGAACUUCAAGUCGGAUGCGUCGAAGGUCACCAGCAAGGGCAUGGGCCUGAAGAAGGCGUACCUCAACAAACAUAACCAGUUUACAGUACAUGCUGGUGAUGCUGGUAACAACAUCCUCUACGUCGGCAUCUACGGGCCCAAGGGUCCCUGCGACGAGGUCCAACUCAAGCACAAGGGCAAGAACAACUACGAAUGCUGGUACGUCGUCAGAGACAGGGGAGAUUACAUCGUCAUCGUCAAGUGGGGAGACGAACACAUCCCCGGAUCACCCUACAAGGUUGAGGUCUAAGGGUUGAGUGAUCAAUGGCGCAUACAGUACUCCAAAACUCAACCCCAUUUGAGAAAUAUCUUUUUUUACAAUUUUCGUCUUCUCUUCAGCGUAAGAUUGGAUUUUGACAUCCCUGUAUGCGUCACUAGAUUCUUUUAAGUCUUCAAUACUUAAAGCAUAUUCAGAUAUGGACUAAGAAUUGGCAUUUUCAAGUACGGUUUACUUUUACUGAUCGAUAAAUUACUAAAUUAUUUUAUGGACUAGAAGCAAUAAAGACAAAAAUAGUACCUAAUUUAAUUUUAAAAUCAACGUUUUAGUUGCUAGUUCUUAGAUGUAUCUUAGUAUGUUUUAAGUAUUUUCUUUUUUUUUCUUCAAGCUUUAUUAUUUUCGGGAUAGGAAAAGGUUUCUGGUUUCCAUCUUAUAUUAAUUGAUCUCUUAUCGACUACAAAUUGUAAACCUUUUUGCUACCCAACCUGUGUUUUUAUCCUUCAUACAUUGUAAUUUAUAUAAAAUCAUGUCAUCGCGACUUCCUAUUAUAUUCUAAGCAUUUUCUUCAGAUUUUCUAACAAAAUGUAGACAAGUUACAAAUACUGAAAAAUAUUUUCUAGUGAUGCGACACUUUUGUCGAUUUGUCAAAGUAAAUGUCGAUAGAUUUUUGUGAUAUUUUUUGAUACUUUUUUAUUUCAUUUUUUACCUAGGAGUUAUUUUUACUUGUUUUUGUUGCUUAGUUAGAAAUGGUAGGCGUAUAUGUGUGGCUCCAAUAUUAUAAGUUUUACAUUUAAUUUUGAGCUAAAAUCGUGUCUACAUGUCGUUUUUUUAGAUCUAAUCUUUGUCUUAUGUUAUCACUGACUGAUUUUUUUUAUUCAAUAUAGCAAGAUUUCUAUCGACAUUUGGAAUGAAUUUGUUUGACAAUCGACUGGCAAAAUAAUGGCAAUUUUUUUCUAAUUUUCUUGGGAAAUUUCGCCAUUAUUUUGAGUUGUCGUUUAUGCAGUGUUCUGGCAAAAAAUAUGUUUCUCGUUUAGUAAUUAGGGCGACUAAAUGACAAUACAUAUGACGUAUUAAUUCAAAAAUAUUCCCUUUAAUUAUAAGUUUAAGCGAGACACAGGUCGUAGCCAAAACUUUUAGCGAAUUUUCUAACUUUAAUUGCAACAAAUUUCUCUAUGACUUUUUUUUGUUAAAAGUUUUUCUGUAAGAGGAGUUUUUUUUAUAAAUUCGCUUUUGUUUUUGGGUACCAACUUUGGAUAGAUAUUUCUACUUUUUCUAGAUUUCUGCCUGAAGUUUGUGAUUCGUUUUGUGUCUCGCUCAUUUAAGUAUUAUGUAUCUGCUUUCUAAUUUUUGUAUGGUUUGUGUAUGGACUUUGCCUACGUAGGUAGAAUGAUCCCGUAAUUGUAAAUACCUAUUUUAAGUGUUUAAUUAUUAUUAUGUAUUUUGCGACUGUUAACUAAAUAAAAAGAGGAAAGUUCUAA